AUGUCAGAGGAGAAAAACUCCAAAAACACCGGGAGCAAAGGAAAAGAAUCAGGCAUUGCUUCUGGAACCACCUCUGUUGGGGCAGGGGAACGGCCGGCCUGGUGUCAGCUGACUGCGAAGUUGCGGUGGUGGUCUGAAUCCCAAAAGCAACAUUUGCCUGUCUAUGUCACAAAGAUAGAUGAUAAGAAAAAGUCUGUCAUCGUGACGUUUGCGGCGGACAAGAAGGUUUGGAAGGAGGUGCCAUUCUCCAAACUUGGACGGAAAGGCUGCCCUUUGCAACCGCCGGUAGCUUCAAAGGGCAACGGCGAGGCGAAGGAUGGCGAAAAAUCCAAGGAAAGGCCAGCAGAAGACGGUACUGCAACCCCAGACUGGUGGAGAUUGGAAAAAUCAAAAAUUUUGGACAAGAAGGAGCAAUCAAGGAGAGAAAAGGCCUUGGAAGAGGAAAUGAAACAAAUCGAAGCAAAAGAGGUCGCCAAACACCAAGAAAGAAAACGCAAGGCGCUGCUAGAAGCGGAACGUCGAAAGGUUCAAGAAGCCUUUGAAAAGCGAAAGCGUGAGGCAGAACAGCAGAAACUACGGGAGGAGGAAGAGUGGCGACAGCAGCUGAGAGAAAGAAGAGAAAGAGAAGCCAAAGAGGAAGAGGAGCGUGAGCGAGAACGAGAGGCAAAGAGGGAGAAGAAGCGGCAAGAGAAGGAGAAGAAGAAGAAAAUUGAAGAGGCGGAGGAAUCGAAGAAAAGACAAGCAAAAGAAGCCGAGGACAGAAAGAAGCGUGAAGGUGAAGAGAAGGACAAGGCGCAACGUGAAGCAGAAGCUGCAAAGGCCGCAGCCGAAUCUGCAAGGCUUCAAGCCGAGAUCAUGCGGCAGCUUCCUGGACAUGGGCUGAUGGUGGCUGCCCAGGCAGCCCAGGCGUGGCAGCAACAGGCUUUGCCAUUGGCCAUGGCCCAAGCUGCCCAGGCUGCCCAGGUUGCGCAGGUCCAGGCAGCGGCUCAAGCGCAAGCCGCGGGUGCUUUUGGCUGUCAAGGCUGUGGCCCCGACGGGGUCUUCAGUUGUGGUGGCUGCAUGAGUGCCAUACCUUGGGGAGCGCAGGCUGGCGCCUUCAAUGACCAAAGUGCUGGCUCCUUUGGGGCAGGCAUGCCUUCCGUGUGGCCGCAAUGA